AUGGCAGACGAUCAACCAAGGUCUACCCUUCCCCCUCGCUCUCGAAAACGAGCCUCGAAAGCCUGUCUCGCGUGUCGUGCUCGAAAAGUACGCUGCGACAUAUCGCAACGGGAGGGGACUUGUACCAACUGCUCUCUCGACCAGCAAGUCUGUGUCGUCAAACCGAGACCUACAAGAUACCGUAAUUCAGCACAGUCGAACCCAUCCCUACGGGCAACACUGCCUACCACCAUCCCAUCCAACGUGCCGCAGCCUUCAUCCCAAAUACCACCUCCCGAAUUGCUCGAUCAGGAGCCUCCGUACCAACCAACGAACGUUGAGGAAAUACUCCCUGACCUGGAUGCUUCCAUUGGGUUGAACACGGCAAACCAUCCCGACGACCCUUCCGAUCAGUCAAUACGGGAUCUCAAUUGGGACUCGCCAGCUCAGUCCGAUACCAGAGAGGGGCUUCAAGCCACUCCCAAAUCGACUGACCCACAUGUCAUGUCUUCCUAUUACCCUUUCCUCAAACUCAACAACCUCACGCAAAUGGCUCCCGAUGAUAUCAAUUUUCUCGAGAGGCAGAGUUGCUUCCGCAUUCCAACUCAGCCGGCCCUAGAUGAGCUCAUGCGAGAGUACUUUCUGCAUGUGCAUCCGAGUCUUCCGAUCAUAAACGAGGGAGAUUUCUGGGACAUGUACACGAAUCGCGAUGUUGUUCUUGGAGAUCAUUCUAGGAUGUCGUUAUUUGUUUUCCAAGCAAUGCUUUUCGCGGCGUGCAGUUUUGUGCCCCAAGCCACCAUUCGGAAACUCGGUUUCACCAGCACGCGAUCUGCUCGAGCUGCGUACUUUCGCCGAGCAAAGCUUCUCUUCGAUUUCAAUGGAGAGCGAGACUCGGUCUCAGUCGCACAGGGUGCGCUUUUGUUGACGUACAACGCGUCAACGCGUAAUCACAAGAUCCUGAAUACGUUCUGGCUAAGCACGGCCAUACAAUUUGCGAAAGAUGCAGAUGCGCAUCGAUAUCACUCUAACAAGAGCCUGAAACCGGAGAGGAAGAGUGCUCUAAAACGACUAUGGUGGUGCUGCAUACUCCGUGAUCGGAUAUUACCGCUCGGUGUUCGAAGGCCUCUAAGUAUCAGCUCCGCAGAUUUCGACUUCAGCCUGGAACUUCUGACAAAAGAAGACUUCGAUAGCGAGAUUUUUAGAUCAAGGGUUUACGAUGCGUCGACGAAGGCUUCACUCGUUCAGCUGUUGCUGACCCUUUGCGACCUUGCGGUAUCCCUCACCGAAGUCAUUAUGUUGAUCUAUCCCGUGAACGAUGCUGUCUGUGGCUCGUCAACGGAGCAGAAGGCUAGACUAUCCCUCAAUCGGAUUGAAUCCUGCAAAGGUCGAUUGCAUUCCUGGUUCGAGAACGCCACGAUCGCCUUCCCCUCGCCUGCCGGAAUCAGCGACAGUCAUGAAUCCGUUGUUCUGUAUACUAACCUCAUGUACAUGUACUAUUACUCGGCACUCUUGGCUAUUCAUCAUUACGAGGUUCUUGUCAUAAUUACGAGCUCAAAUUUAUUAAAAUCACAUUUCAAUCACAUGUGCCAGAGCAAAUCGAGGGUUGAAGCGGCUGCAGCUGGCAUAACGGACAAUUUGAAAGAGCUUGUCCAGCUCAAAUUAGCAAAGCACCUUCCCAUAAGCGUAGUCGCGUACGCCGCGCUUCCUCUAGUUUUGCAUGUCCUAGACGUGAAGCUUUCUGCUACAGAGUCGCAAUCAGCAAGGAAAAGACGACGCCUGGAUAUCUACACUAUGACGAUGAAGGGCUUACAAGCCCAAUACGAUGGUACGGAUGAGGUGUUUGAGAUCAUUGGAAAAGUAGUCGACUACAUGUCGCUCGAGAAGUCAACGCAAAGACGUCGCUCUAGCAACGAGCACAAAUACGUUUUCCAGGACAGCGAUAGCCCGAGACUAUCUUCGCUUGAACCAAAGAAUCCUCGAAGGGCAGUCAAUGAUUGGGGCGAUGUUCUUUUGCGACAACCAAGUCUCUAUCUUCGGAUCGCUCUGACGAUGGAUUUAUCUUUGUCCAAGGGACAGUUUCCGGAUGACACCGACUUCCCGGCCGCUCUCCAGUCGCAAAACCAUAUUCAAACCCACUUUCCACUUUACCGCAUUACUAUGGGCGAGUUUGAAAAUGCUUCGCGGCCUACCACAGACGCAAGCGAAACCCAUCAAGACACUCAAUACCACAACUCCGCAGCAGAUUAUAUGGUUCGUGGCAGAGGUAAUGGCAGUAGCUUUACUCCAGCAUUCAGUUCGGCGAUGUCUAUGACAGAUCGGUUUGUGGAUGCCAUGAGCUGCCCAACAACACGAAUGAUUGGUCAAUCACCGCUUGAAGAUCUUGGGUCACCGAUGUGCUCUGGAUUUGUGGGAGAUAGAAUGCAGGAAAACGUCGAUGCGCUAUUUGAUCACUCGACAAAUUGGGUUGACACGAUGUUUCUCGGCGACGAGUGGUUGAUCUCACCAGAAACGACCCGUACAUAAUUUACAGCUUUCGCUUCUCAGCAUUGCGCUGAUCUAUAAUGCGACACCGAUAGUAACUAGUGAGGUCUACAGUUUACUCCCUGGCUUCGAAAGCUGAUUCAACUUCGCGAUCGUCUCAAGGGCCUCCCGUUCAAUGCGUUUCAAGAGAAUUUCGCAAGUCGGGAUAUCUUGAACAACGCCUAGCACUG